AUGAUUGCCUGCUCUAAGCCCGAUGCAACAAUAACUACUCCCACUGAAACUGCUCCCACUGAGUCCAAUGCGGCAAUAACUACCCCAUCGGGCCUUCAGUAUGAAGUGCUGGCGUCGGGAGAUGGGAGAGCCGCAUCACUGGAACACACCGCCGUCGUCCAUUACACCGGUUGGCUCGUGGACGGUACCAAAUUUGACAGUUCGGUGGAUCGCGGAGAACCCUUCGAGUUCGCCAUUGGUCAGGGCAACGUUAUCAAGGGCUGGGACGAAGCGGUCGCCCUGAUGAAAAUUGGCGACAAGUGGAAGCUGACUAUCCCGCCAGACCUGGCCUAUGGCGACCGCAGCAUUGGGGGCGGCCUGAUUCCUGCGGGCUCUACCCUGAUAUUUGAUGUAGAGUUGCUUGAUCUGAAGUAA